UACUAGGCCUGUGUCUGUGUAUACUUCUCAUCAUAAAAGUUAUUUCAUAAUGACUGUAACAUUGUAAUACUUUCGCGUUAUUAAAUUUUUAUUAUACUUACAUACAUAAUUAAAUUAAAUUAUAUAAGAAUGGCGGCUGUACUCUGGUUUGCAUCUAUCAUCCUCUUUAUUGCUGGGUCUUCAGCUUCAGAUUACAGCAACAGAGAAUUUAAGAAAACCUGCGACAAUGGCUUACCUGUGAAAACAAAUAGCGGUUUGGUUUGUGGAGAGGUCAGGCAUUAUAAGAACACCACAUUUGGAAGUUUCCGAGGAGUGCCGUAUGCCAGACCACCGCUUGGCGAAUUGAGAUACAAAAAACCUAGAAAAGCUAAGUCGUGGGAUGACUACUUAGACGCUUCGUCAGAGGGUUCCAUUUGCCCUCAGUCCAUAAUAAUUUACGGACCUUUGAUGGAACCGAAAGGGAUCGCCGAGGAUUGCUUGAAUGUCAAUGUCUACGUCCCACUAGCGGGAGGUAAAAUCCCAAGGAAGAAGAGGUUGCCAAUCCUAGUGUACAUCCACGGAGGAGGAUUCGCCGUGGGGUCUGGAGACUCUGACAUCCAUGGACCAGAAUACUUCUUGACUAGGGAUGUCGUGGUCGUCACGUUCAACUACAGAUUGGGGGCACUUGGUUUCUUGUCUUUGAACACGUCAUCAGUGCCUGGAAACAAUGGCCUUCGCGAUCAGCUGUAUCUUCUCCGGUGGGUGCAGAAGAACGGGAAGAGAUUCGGAGGCGACAUUAAUGACGUCACAAUCUUCGGUCAGAGUGCCGGCGCAGCCUGCGUCCACCUGCUGACUCUCUCACCCCUCACUCAGGAUAGAAGUUUGUUUCAAAAAGCAAUCUUAAUGAGCGGCUCUGCUGUCCGAAGCUUUUACAACUACGAGCCAGAGUUCGCGGCCACCGUCGCCACCAGCUUCCUCACCCUCAUGGGCAUCAACGCCACAGACCCAGACGCCAUCUACCAACAGCUCCUGGCAGCCGACACCAACCAGUACAUAGAGGCCACCAGGCAAAUACAAGAGCAGACAGGCCUACCACCCUUUGCCCCUGUCGUAGAAUCUAUUCACGAAGGAGUGACACGAGUCAUAGACAUGGAUCCCGACCAACUCAUAGCGGCCGGACGCGGUCAAGAAAUCCCACUUCUGAUUAGCUUCACUGAAUUAGAAUGCGGGUCAUUGAAAGCGCGUAUUAAUGAAACCGAUUUACCGGGAAAGCUGGAUGCUAAUUCUGAUUUGGCACUGCCUUCAGUGCUUCAAACUGCGACGAACAAAGCUGAGCUAGCCGUGGUUGUGAAGGAUAGAUACUUUACUGGCCCCAAUGCGACAUUGGAUGAGUUUGUGAAUUUCUGUUCUGAUUCUCUCUUCAAAUAUCCUGCGAUCUACACGGCGCAGAGGCGUGCCCAGCUAGGUGGAGCCGAAUCAUUCCUGUACCAGUUUGCUUACAGAGCAGAAAACAGAAUUCUAGAAAGUCUAGGAUUUGAUAUAGAAGAAGCUGGUCAUAUAGAGGAUUUGACGACCGUGUUUAAACCAAACAGCAAUGUUAGCUUUCCCGAGGAGGUGUUUGAAAGAAGUUUUGACCGCGUGAUGCAGGACUGGACUGUAGACAUCCUUGUCAACUUUAUGAAAAACAGUGCCCCAGCCGCCUCGACCCUGGCGUGGCCUCCCGUGAGCCGCUUCCUCUUCCGAUACCAGGACGUCGUCAGCGACAGCUACAAGUUGUCGUCGCUUCAGGCAGACGCGUCCACCAAUGAAAUGGUGCAGUUCUACACUGAACUGUUCAACAACGCUACCUCAAACCCAACUGCGUAAAGGUUUAAGUCAUUUGUUUGUUAGCAGUGUAGCAAUUUGUACGACAUCUUGAUCAGCGCCCCUGUCGGUAACGUUUGAAACUAAUAAAACGCAUAGGUACAAACUCCAGCGCACCGCCUCUCGAAUUAAUAUGUGAUUCGCACACUCUGAAGAGAAUAGAUCUUUAAGAUUUUUUAUUGAAAUCUUCUAUAGAUCUAACGAUGGGUAACAAAAUUGUUUUUAACUACUUCACUGCCACGACAACGUGGGUACCCUACCUCUGGACGGUGCCUGUUUAUGUGCCUCUAAGAACUCCUCAAUGGAAGUUAUUGCUAUACCUUUUUUUAAGGCGGUUAGUAAUGCCUUUUUAUUUAACUUGUGAGUACAGUUAAUCCGUGUUGUGAAAUAAAAAAUAUUAUAAGUAUAUAUUUCUUUAUUAAGUA